AUGACAUCCAUCCCUGGAUCUGAUGUGAGUAUCUUCCCCUUUGAUCUUUUAUUUGAUCUCAGUUUUGUCAAAUGCUUUUCUUAUUGUCUUGAAUCUUCAAAUAAGAAUCUUAUAUGGAGUGACGAGCAAACACGGUUCUUUCUUCAACUAAGACUUGAUGAGAAUCUGAAAGGAAACGUGAGAAAACAGAUGGUUAAUGAGGCUGGGAGACAGGCGAUAAUGGAUAAGUUCUAUGAGGCAUUUGGUAUAAAAAUUCCAUGGAGAAAGUUUGGGAUAAACAUGAGUGAUGACUGGUGGAAUGAGCGAUGUAAGGAGUGGCCUGGUGCUAGAAAAUUUAAAGACAAGCCGAUAGCAAACAUGGAUUUGAUGGAGAAGGUAUUUGGAACAGUUUAUAUUAGUGGAGGUGAAGGUUGGUCUGCACAGCAAGGUGAAGAGGCUUUAGACACAAAGCAUGCAGAUGAUGAAGAUGAAGAUGAUGCUGAGUCAAGGCGUGAUGUCCCUACUCAGGAAGCUGUUGGAGAUGAAUCAAGGCGUGGUGUCCCUACUCAAGAAACUGAUGUUGCAUCUGAAUCAAGAAAUGCUGGAUCAAAGAAUGUUGGCCCUUCUUCUUCCAGGUCAAAGGUUAACAGGAAAAGAUCAAGGGUUGUACAAGCAGGACAAGCUGUGGCUGAUGUGAUCAGGGAGAGUGUUGAGUCUCGAGACAAGAUUCUUUCCCACAAGAAUCAUCUAAUAGAGAACCAUCCUGAGUUUAGUUGUAGUCAACUUCGAGCUAUGGAGGUUCUACACUCCUUGCCUGCUAUAAGAAUGUGGUCUCCUCUUUACAAAGCCUCGAUUAACCAUCUCAAAGAAGAUGCUGCAAAUCGUCAAACUUUCUUGUUCUAUGGAGAUAAUGAGAACAGGGUUCUCUAUUUGGAGUAUGCAACUGGUGAAAGCAGAGAUGCAUGA